UACUUAUUAGUUAUUAGUUAAAGUAAUUAGUAACUAAUAACCUUUUCUAAUGUUGACUGAAUGCAAUAACCUUUUAUGCUUUUUUAAGCUACUUUGAAACAAUAAUUAUUGUGAAAAGUGGUAUACAAUGAACUUGAAUUUAACUGAAUACAUUUGAACCUGAUAAUUUGUCAUGGGAUAUGAAAAAUGUCGGGCUUGCUGCCUGAGUCUGUCACUGGAAGAUGUAGUUUUGACUGACUGGCACAGUUGCAACCCAAAUAUAUAGUGUGCUCUCCACAACAGUGGGCGUCUCCCUCGAGCCAUCCAAUCAGAAUCGAGUAUGUCAUCGCUACGCAACGCCCGUCUUGAGUUCACCAAAUCCCUUGAAGUUACAAGUAGUAGUUAGCAUGCAGGCUAACGUGAUGGGCUUGCGGACAUUUAAAUAGCUUAUAAAACUAGACAAACUAACUUCGCAGGAAUGGACGAAGGAAUUGACGAAAAGUAAAGUAACACCCUCGGGUUUUAACUGCAAUACUUAUAGUAAAAGUCGAAGCGCGUAUUUUUAACAUGGCUACUCGACAAUACCGGAGGGCCACAAUGAUGAUCAAGCAGGAGCAGGACGACGAUUCCGACGCGGAGGAGUCCACGCUUUCUUUCAAGAAACCAGACGGUCGGGAACCUCAAAUCAUCCACAGCGGUCAUUUUAUGGUGUCUUCCCCUCAUACCGAUCACCCCCCGAAAAAAGGUUACGACUUCGACACUGUAAACAAACAAACCUGCCAGACGUAUCACUUCGGGAAGACUAGCACGUCGCAUCUGUCUAUUGAUGCUUCUCUGACGAAACUCUUUGAAUGUAUGACGCUUGCAUACAGUGGAAGGUUAGUGUCACCGAAAUGGAAGAACUUCAAGGGCCUCAAGCUGCUGUGGAGAGACAAGAUUCGCCUCAACAAUGCCAUUUGGAGAGCCUGGUAUAUGCAAUAUGUAGAAAAGAGACAGAACCCAGUUUGCCAUUUUGUUACACCUUUGGAUGGCAAUAUGGACUCAGGAGUGCAUCGGCCAACAGAGGCAAUAGCAACAGAAGGAAAGUACUGGAAAAGGAGAAUUGAAAUUGUUAUCAGAGAAUAUCAUAAAUGGAGAACAUAUUUCAAGAAAAGAUUACAGAAGCACAAGGAUGAAGACCUGUCCAGCCUUCUCAAGGACGAGGACAUCAGCGCUGGAGGGCGUCGCAGGUCCCGCAGGAGCCGGGAUUCACCUGUCCCAAUGGAGAUGGACUCGCUCUUUGACAUGGACGUGCUCAUGUCUGAAUUCUCAGACACGCUCUUCUCCACACUGGCCUCUCAUCAGCCUGUAGCGUGGCCCAAUCCCAGGGAGAUCGCUCAUGCAGGUAAUGCGGAUAUGAUCCAGCCAGGCCUCAUUCCACUGCAGCCCAAUCUGGACUUCAUGGACACUUUUGAGCCUCUGCAAGAUUUGUUUCACACCCUGCGUCCGCCAGUCUUUCCCUCCACUUCCCCCACUGCCCCAUCAGUCACUCCCUUAACCAGCAGCAGCUCCCAAACACAGGCUUCCCUGCUUUCAUCCCUGCCGCUCUCCACGGAGCUUCCUUCUCUGCCUCUGGACUACCGCCUCAUGCCCUCUGCUCCUCUGCCUGGCCAUCUCUCGGUGGCCAACCAGGACAAUGGUAACUCCGUCGGUCCGUCCUACCAACAGCCCUACAUGCCUCUUUUCACAGAGCAAGUGAGCUCCUCCGUCCCGUCUAUCCUGCCUCCCCCAGCUCCACCUCUCCCCUCAGCCCCACAGCCUCUCAGCACAGUCACUACAGUCCCCCAGCCCAGCCAGAGCGUCCCGCCUUCAUCAGUAAUAACGCACACCGCCUCCUCCACAGUGACUCCCACUGACGCAGCCACUACCGUCAGCCACAGGUCCAGUUUUGAGCUGCCCCCUGCGCCAUCUCCACAGCCUGUAGUCUCCAGCUCUGCCUCGCUCGGCUCACAGCCAGUCAACUUCGCCUUGCCCAAAUCCAUCCAGCCUCCCAUCUCUAGCAAAAAGUCCAGACACUCACAGAGACCGAUUGUCCCGGCGAAUCCACUGCCGUCUCCUCAGCUCAUACUGACAGGUCCCACCAGUGCUGUCAUUGUCACUCCGUCUCCUCUCUCCACUGAUGUUGUCUCCACCACCGGUAUGGUCAUUGCCUCCUCCGGUAUUCCUUGUGGUUCUGCUGGAUUUCAUAUUCUCCCUCAGACGCAGAAAUCUCCUCAGCUCAUCGUACCCAAAGAGGAAACUGCAACAACUGUGUCCAACAAGAAGACAUCAGUGCAGUCAGCAAGUAAAACACGUGAUGGCCGAAUCUCAGGUCAAGGGUCACCACUGGGAGUAGAACAGGUGCCAAGCCCUCAGUCACCCCUCAGCACCAGUACAGGCAUGAGCAAAAAUGAAAACAGUCAGAGUCGCAGAGUGAACCACAUAUCUGCCGAGCAGAAGAGGCGAUUCAACAUCAACAUCUGCUUCAAGACAUUGUGCAGUCUUGUGCCGACUCUCAAGUCUCAAUCAAAUAUCAGUAAUGCUUCGACACUUCAGAAGACUGUUGAUUACAUUGGCAAACUGCAACUAGAGAGACAACAGAUGCUGGAAGAGACCAAGAGACUGCGAGAGGAGAUCGAGGAGCUCAACACGUCCAUAAGCUUGUGUCAGGAGCAGCUUCCGGAAACAGGGGUUCCCAUCACACGCCAUCGCUUUGACCACAUGAGGGAGAAGUUCGAUGACUAUGUGAAGAACCGAACUCUUCAGAACUGGAAAUUCUGGAUCUUUAGCGUCAUCAUUCAGCCUCUGUUUGAGUCCUUCAAUGGGACAGUGUCUACAACCAACAACACAGAGCUGUGUGAAACCACCAUGCAGUGGCUGGACCGUUACUGUUCCCUCCCAGCCCUCCGGCCCAUGGUGCUCAGGACGUUACGGCAGCUCUGCACCAGCACCUCCAUCCUGACCGACCCCUCACUUUUACCUGAGGAAGCCAAAAAGGCCGCUCUCAACCCCAAAAAACAUUCCUCAGGGUCUUAGUUUUAACACAGUGACUUCUGAAAUGUGCUUUUCAGGCAUAACAGUCAUGAUCAGGAGCCUCCAAAACAACACCUUGCGCAUGUGGAUCUAAGGAUCUGUGCUUUGCUGUUACUCACUGAACUCCUUCAGAGUGGUGAAAACUGCUCGAUUGUGUACUUUACGCGUGUUUACAGAACAGUUUUGAGCUCUCUGUGUGUGUACCUGCUCAAAUCUCUUCUGUUUGCCUCACUUAUGCACUAAGGACACUACCCACAAAGCAGUCACGUUGAAUUUAUCUAAAUGGGCCAGUCUAGGAACAAAAGCCUUUUUUACUAGAGCUGUGUCGAGAAUUUGUUUCAAGUAAUUGAUUCUGUAUUGAUUCUAAAUGUAUCGCUCUUCUCUCUUGAAUAGAUUCUGAGCAUAGUUAUUACAAGCUUGACUUCAAUUCCCUACAAAUACUAGUUUAACCUAAAAUAAGUGUCAUCUGCUGAUUGAGACUGACCUAGAACGCAAUCUGCUGAUAAAAGCUAGUCCUAGAGCAACGUUUGCUGUUAAAAACUAGCCUAAAAGCUAGCCAAGAGCAUCAUCUGUUGGGAUGACGUUAAAAGCUAGCCUGGAGCAUCAAAAGUAGUUAAGAGAGCCAUCUGCUGUUAGAGAUAUACCUAGAAUGCCAUUUGCUGAUAAAAGCUAGUCCUAGAGCAACGUUUGCUGCUAAAAACUAGCCUAAAAGCUAGCCUAGAGCACCUGUUAAAAACUAGCCUAGAGUGUCAUUGCUGGAAUGACGUUAAAAGCUAGCCUGGAGCAUCAAAGCUGGUUACGAGCGCCAUCUGCUGCUAGAGAUUAACCUAGUACGCCAUCUGCUGAUAAAAGCUACCCCUAGAGCGACGUCUGCUCCUAAAAACUAGCCUAGAGUGUCAUCAGCUGGAAUGACGCUAAAAGCUAGCUUGGAGCAUCAAAACUAGUUAAGAGCGUUAAACUAGUUAACUAGUUAAGAGUUAAUCUGCUGUUAUAGACUAUCCUAGAAUGCCAUCUGCUGAUGAAAGCUAGUCCUAGAGCAACGUCUGCUGUUAAAAACUAGCCCAAAAGCUAGCCUAGAGCGCCUGUUAAAAACUAGCCUAGCGCUGUCUGCUGUUAAAACCUUGCCUAGAGCACCAUAUGCUGAUAAGAACUAGCCUAGAGUGUCCUCUGCUGUUAAAAGCCAGCCUAGAGCACCAUAUGCUGUUAAAAGCCAGCCUAGAGUGUCAUAUGCUGUUAAUAGAUAGCCUAGAGCAUUGUCUGAUAAUUAAAAACUAGCUUAGACUGCCAUCUACUGUUAGGAGCCAUCGUAGAGCUUUGUCUGCUAUUAAAAACUAGCCUAGGGCGUCAUCUGCUAUUAAAAUCUAGCCUAGAGCAUCGUCUGAUGACUACAAACUAGCGUAGACUGCCAUCUGCUGUUAGGUACUAUCGUAGAGCGUUGUCUGCUAUUAAUAUCUAGCAUAGAGCAGCAUCUGCUGUUAAAAAUUUGCCUAGAGCGCUGUCUACUUUAAAAAAAAACUGGCCUAGAGCAUUGUCUGCUAUUAGAAUCUAGCGUAGAGCACCAUCUGCUGUUAAAAACUAGCCCAGAACAUUCCCGUCUGCUUUUAAAAGCUAGCUAAGAGCGCCAUCUGCUGUUUAAAAACUAGCCUAGAUCACCGCCUGCUAUUUAAAAACUAGCCUAGAAUGCCAUCAUCUGCUGUUAAAAACUAGUCUAGAGUGUCACCUGCAUUAAGAACUAGCUUAAAGAACAAUGGGAUGUUGAAAGCUAGCUUAAAGCGCCUUCUGCUGCUAAAAACGAAGCUGAGAAUCUAUUCAAGAAAGAAUAUUGAUGCAUUUUGAAAACUUCUGAUUCGAUGCUGAAUUGAAUUCUCAAACAAUUUUACGCCAGAACUUUAUUUAUUUUUUAACCAUUCAGACAUAAUUGAUUUCAUUUUAAAAUGGCAAACCAAAGGCUGCAUCUCUUGUUUACGUUCAUCCUCUUCUUUUGCGCUUCUUGGACUUUGUUACAUUAGAGCUGUUACCUCUAGCCUUGUGGAUUUUACCUCUCAGGGUGUUUUAUUUUUCUUAUAUUUUUAGUGUCUUUCUUAUUUCAAUCUGGUUAUUUAGAGCUCUUUUGGAAUCUGAUGCUCAGUUUAUUAAAACCUGAAGCACCACUUAAAGGGACAGUUCAGCCAGAAAUUUAUAUAUUUUUUCACCAUUUACUUCCUCAGUUGGUUCUAAAUACUCUACAAAUACCAGUUUAACCUAAAAUAAAGGUUUAUAGGGAGCUGCGUUUACAAUAAUCUUGGCAUAAAAGCCAACUUGAAUGACUCAGUCGAAUGCACAAUCGCAUUGUAUGGAUAAAUACUAGCCUAAAGUGCCAUCUAUUGUUAAAGAUUAGCCUAGAGCACUGUCUGUGUUAAAAACCAGCCUAGAGCAUUGUAUGCUGUUAAAACCUAGCCUAGAACGCCGUCUGCUGAUAAAAGCUAGCCUAAAGCGCAGUUUGCUCCUAAAAGCUAGCCUAGAGCGUCACAUGCUGUUAAAAACUAGCCUAGAGCACCGUCUUCCGAUUAAAUCUACGCCCUAGAGUGCCGUCUGCUGUUAAAAACUAGCCUAGAGCGCCGUCUGCUGAUUAAAGCUAGCCCUAGAGCACCAACUUCAGUUAAAAACUGGCCUAGAGCGUCGUCUGUUGAUUAAAGCUAGCCCUAGAGCGCCAUAUUGUUAAAAAAACUAGCCUAGAGGGUCACCUGCUGAUAAAAGUUAGCCCUAGAGCGCCAUCUUCAGUUAAAAUCCAGCCUAGAGUGUCAUCUGCUGAUAAAAGCUAGCCCGAAAGCGCCAUUUUAAGUAAAAAACUAGCCUAGAGCGUCAUCUGCUGAUAAAAGCUAGCCCUAGAGCACCAUUUUCAGUUAAAAACUAGCCUAGAGCGUCAUCUGCUGGUUAAAACUAGCCCUAGAGCGAUGUCUUCUGUUUAAAAAAAACUAGCCUAGAGCUUUGUCUGCUGAUAAAAGCUGGUCAUAGAGCGCCAUCUGAUGUUAAAAACUAACCAAGAGCACCGUAGUUGGUUCUUGCAUGGAAAUCGACAGCUGUUUUUUCCUCCAACAUUCUUCAGAAUAUCUUCCAUUUGUGUUCAACAGAUGAAAGAAACUCAAACAGGUUUGGAACAACUGGAGGAUGAGUAAAUGAUGACUGAAUUAAAGUUUUUGUGUGAACUAACCCUUUAACAAUUAGCUGGAUCGAUUGAUCAAGACUGAAUUUUGAAGCAUUUAACUGCAUGAACAGAAGCUAGUUGUGUAUAAAGUCUCAUCUAAAAUGACAAAUAGCAUAAAUAUUAAUAUUCAUAUGAGAGUGAGGUACAUUUGAUAUGCCUUAAAUUGAGUUGACAUAUAAAAGGGAGAUCUAAGAGAAUUAAACCCUGUUAAAAAAAUCCAGUGGGAUAUCAUUUUAGGGGUGGUAUUUUCAACUAAAAUUAUAUUUUAAUAGCAUUUGAUAGCCCGAUUAGUAUGUAUAUGGGAGGACGUAUUUUUGUCAGACCCUUAUUUUUAGCAUCUACAUUUUUUUAUUACUCCUAAGUUCACCUAUUCACCGUGUGCUCUGGAUGCUUUUUCUUUUUGCAGUUUGUUUGUGGAAAAAAGCAGAUGGAUCUUUCCAACUUUUCCCCAAUCCAAAAAAAUAAGUGUUCAGUGUUCAUUUAUAUGUACAAGGUGUCUGAAUUGGUCAUAUUAGAUUUGUUAGUAAAGUGUAUGUGUGUAAUUGUGUGUGUGUGUGUGUGUGUGUGUGUGUGUGUGUUUUUCUUAAAUUUAAACCAGAUACAAGUGACGUAACGGAUCAAAAAUCUCUUGGUUUGGAUCAAAUUGUUUUGUUUUGUUUUUGUCAAGGAGUAAACCAUUUUUUUGGAUCAGCCAAAAGGGGAGGAGACAAAUGUAAUUUACUUUCCAUAUAUGACAAAAACACCACUGCAAGACACUUUUGGUUUCAACAAACAAAACCUAGAAGCUGUAAUUUUAAUAAAAAUAUAAUGAAGAAAUAAUCAGAUGAAUAAAAACAAAUUGUACAAGUACUGAGAAAGAUUUCAAUUAAUGAUUCAGUUAUUCACUCAUAAAACUUCAUGUUUUAUUGUUAGAUGUAUCAUUUCUGAAGAAUUAUUCAGUGGCACAUUUUUGAUGGCUUGUUGCUUAAAUAAUUGCUGCCAAUUACAUUAUUUAACCAAUUAAUGUAAUUCAUUUUGAGCAUCAAGUUAAAUGCAUAUGAUGGUGAUUUGUAAUCUUUACCAUAAACAUCAGUGGUUUUAUUAAAACUAUAAACUGUAAACACAGUACUUUUGUGCUAUUUGACUGUUUGUAACUCAAAAGACUUGAGACUUGAUUUUUGCAUUAUUCAAACACAGAUUUGAAUGCAGCGAUUCAAAGGAUUAUUAAACAUAUGCCCAAAUUACCAUUAUUUAUAAUUUGUUGCGUGGGUGUUGAGAUCCUGAUCUUUUACUGAUUAAUCAUGCAGCUUACACUGAAUGCAAUAAUGCAGGCUAAACAAGUAGUGACAGAAAACACCUUUAAUAAUCUAAGAAACCCAUCACAUCCCGUAUAACCCACCACAACUUCUUCCAUCAUCAUUAUAUUUUACAGAAAAUCCCAAAUGCUUUUAUACAUGUGAUUUGAAUAAUGUGAGAGGUGAUCUCUGUGAUCAUUAAAAUUUUAGGAUUAAUCUACAAGUAAAAAAAUGCAUUAAUCCUCAGGUCAUGGUUGUUCUAAACCGUAGGUUUUGAUCCAUUACGCUACUACCAGAUACAGUUCUUUUUCAGCUACUUGCAUUACAGACUGCGGUUCUGUCAGCCUUCUGUUUGUAAAAUGUUUACUUUUACAGGGUAAAAUCUAUAAAUUCACAAUUAUUUCCAUCUAAAUUCUCCUUGUAUUUUUGCUAAGUGUUUGGGAAAACAUACAAACACUUUGUAAACUAUUUCUCUUAUUUGGUUUUGAUUAUUGAGUGCAUAUAAACUAUUUAAAGCCGCUUUCUUGCCUUUAUCCCAAAUUGUAACAGAGUAUGAACUCCAUUUUCACCAUAGCGAAUUUUAUUCAAUCUUUUUCAGGUUGUUUAUUGGUUGUGUUCUUAUGAUCGCAUAUGUUUGUGUGGAUUUAGUUUAUAUGUAAAAUGAUUGUAUUUAAUAUCAGAAUUUAUGCAGAAAACUACAUAACCCAUGAUGUUGUGCAGGACAACUUUUAAAGAAUCCAUUUCUGUAUCGUUUGGCACUGCAGUUUUGUUCUCAUUAAAGCCGUAAAGUACA